GGGCAGGAUGACUUCCUGACCUAUUAACUAUAAGAAAAAACACUACUUUAUGUAUCUGGAUGCAUUUUAUCUCCUACUGAAGAGAAAGAUAGAAUCUAUUGGCAAGAUGACAGCAAUGACUCAAGAAGAAAUUAUAACAAAUACAAAAACUGUUCUUCAAGGAUUGGAAGCUCUAAAAAAUGAGCACAACUCUAUCUAUAAUGGGCUCAUGUCUUCACUCAAGGCUGUUCAGCAAGAGAAAGGUGAUAGCAACCUCAUGGAAGAGAAGGCUAGUAUAAUAAAGAAACACUUGGAGUCUAUAGAUCUUGGCUUAGGGGAAGCUCAGGUUAUGAUGGCCUUGGCCAGCCACUUGCAGAUGGUUGAAGCAGAAAAACAAAAGCUCCGAGCUCAAGUAAGAAGACUUUGCCAAGAAAAUGCAUGGCUACGUGAUGAAUUAGCAAGUACUCAGCAGAAACUUCAGGCAUCAGAGCAAUUGGUUGCUCAAAUGGAUGAAGAGAAAAAACAUCUUGAAUUCAUGAAUUCCCUUAAAGAAUAUGAGACUAAUGAGUCUGCAAUGACUGAAUCAGGCAGUGAAAAGAAAUCUUCAGGUGAUGCUCCAUUGGAUCUUGGAUUCCCUGAUGAUGAUGAUGAUACUUGUCAUCAUGAUGCUAAUUCUCCUACUCCUUCAAAUCAAAUGUCAGCAUCAAUGACUGCAUCCACACACGCCGGAUAUGAAAUCCCUGCUAGACUUCGUACGCUGCAUAACCUUGUCAUUCAGUAUGCCUCUCAAGGGCGAUAUGAAGUUGCAGUUCCUCUAUGUAAGCAGGCACUAGAGGACUUAGAAAAAACUAGUGGUCAUGACCAUCCAGAUGUUGCAACUAUGCUAAAUAUUUUAGCUCUUGUUUACAGAGACCAGAACAAAUACAAGGAGGCAGCUAACCUACUUAAUGAUGCUGUUGCUAUCCGAGAAAAGACACUAGGGGAGAAUCACCCAGCUGUUGCUGCAACACUCAACAACUUAGCUGUCUUGUAUGGGAAACGAGGAAAGUAUAGAGAAGCAGAACCUCUUUGUAAACGAGCCCUUGACAUUAGAGAAAAGGUUUUAGGAAGAGACCACCCUGAUGUAGCAAAACAACUUAACAACUUAGCUUUACUCUGUCAAAACCAAGGAAAAUAUGAAGAAGUAGAAAAGUACUAUCAAAGAGCACUUGAUAUAUAUGAAAAUACCCUUGGUCCUGAUGAUCCCAAUGUUGCAAAAACAAAGAACAACCUUGCCUCAGCUUUCUUAAAACAAGGAAAAUAUAAAGAAGCAGAAAUACUUUACAAGCAAGUCUUGACAAGAGCACAUGAAAGAGAGUUUGGCAGUAUUAAUGGAGACAACAAACCUAUCUGGCAGGUUGCUGAAGAACGAGAGGAAAACAAGAACAAAGAAAAGGACAAUGCUCUAUAUGGUGAAGUUGGAGGUUGGCACAAGGCUGCAAAAGUAGAUGGUCCAACGGUAGCCACUACCUUGAAAAACCUGGGAGCACUGUACAGACGGCAAGGAAAAUAUGAAGCAGCUGAGACGCUUGAAGAUUGUGCAUUACGAGCAAGAAAGGAGGCUUUUAAUUCAUUAAAACAAGGAAAGGCAACCCAGUAUCUCAGUACAGAGUUCACUGCUGUCCCAAAGGAAAAGAGACGCUCUUCUUCAAAAGAAAGUAUGAGGCACGGAUCUCGUGAGUCUCUCGAUAGUUUGGCCUCCGAAAAGAUGAGUGAUGUUAGUGAAGAUCAUUAAACGAACCAGCUGUAUGCCUUUCUGUCUGCUACAGAGCUGGUAUACGGUAACCAUUCACGGCCGAUCUCUCGGACAUCAAGCUUUUCCCAGCCUCUAAACCAAUAAACAUGCUUAGCUAUUUCUCCCUUGUCCUGAACAGCAAGUUAUGAAAAUAUGCAAGUUUCUUCUAUUGAUUCCUCUUUACCUUUGACCUGCUUACAUCUGCUCUAUAUUAAAAACUCAAAACUGUAAAUAAUUCCCAGUAUUUGUGAAUGGUACAUGCACUUUAACACCAUUUUUCAUUUAGAGUCGGUACUGUCAUAAAUUUUUGUUCGUUUUCGUGUUAAAUUAUUCAUCGUUUUUUUUGUUGUUGUUUUUUGAAAAUGACGAUGCACAAUUAUAACACUCAUGAAAUUGCUUUACUAAUGUACUUAAGUUUUUGUGUUGUUAACUUCAAAGAUUUACUUUUUAAAUUAAUUAUUAGAUGGCAGUUAAUAAACUUGUAAAAGCUAGUUUACUAAAAUCAUGAUCUGAUGAAAAUUUGUUAUAGAUUUGUUACACGAAAUUAUAUUUUGUUUUCACUGUUCAGACUCGAUAAAUAUUCUUAAACAACCUCUGAUCUGAAUGAAUAAUAACAAAUGAUGCAACUCUUAUGAAAAGUAAGCUUCAAUUUUUUUCAUAUAUACCUACAUUGUUCUUUUAUUACUAUUAUGUGAAUGUAAGAACUGGGUUGUCUGUUCUUCCUUUUCUUAUUGCACAUGUGUGUAGAUUUAAGUAGAUUCCAUCGAUAGACGUGUGAUUUUACCUGCCAGGACUGUUUUGACCUGGUACUGGUCAAACCAGCAGUUCUCAGCUGGUCAUGGUAGGGAAUCACCGCCUAAUGUAGGCUUAUAUCUCAGAGAACUGAGCUUUUUUGUUAAUAAUACAACAUGUCAAAGGUAGCAGGUUUAUAUAUAUAUGUAUGUAUGUACAAGUAUUGUGUGUAUGUUGCGUGACUGUGUAAUCUUUGGUGAAGAAAUUACUUGAAAAUACUUUCUAAGUUGGCUGAGCAUUGCGAAGUAUAGUUAACAAGAAUCUUAUUUUAUUAAACAAAAUAUUAGCUUUACGAGUAUUUCUUAUAACCCUGUGAACUUAUUUAUUCAUCUGAACAGUUAUUGCAUUUUAAGCUUCUUUAACGUUUUGUCAUAAAAAUAAAGUAAUUGCUUUCAUCAAGGUUUGAGAAACUCAUUUUUAUAAAAUUUCACAUAGGUCGUCAUGAAUAGGACAUAUACAUAUAUAUUCUUCCACACAUACAUACAAAUAGUCACACACACACACACACACACCAGCUUGAUAAGGCAUAGUGAUUUUUUUGUUUUUACAAGUUUAUCAUGCCAUUAACAUGAUGGAUUAUUUGAAACCCUUUAAAUAGCUUGAACUAAUCAUUUCCAUUAUUGUGAACUUGAGAGUAUCUGCAAAUUAGAGAAGAGAUUAUACGUCCUCAAAUUUCGCAUUGUUAUUGAGUUUUAAUAAAAAUAUCUCGUUGAAAUAGAUAUUACUAGGCUAAUUAGAACACUUAGUAAGGAGUUACCAAAAUGGUGUAGAACUAGACCAAUUGGAACUCUUAGGAAUGAAUUACCAAAAUGGUGUGGAACUAAGCCAAUUGGAACUCUUGGGAAGGAAUUACCAAAAUGGUGUAGAACUAGACCAAUUGGAACUCUUGGGAAGGAAUUACCAAAAUGGUGUAGAACUAGGUCAAUUGGAACUCUUAGGAAAGAGUUGCCGAAGUAAUGUAGAACUAGGCUAAUUGAUACUCUUAGGAAGGAAUUACCAAAAUGGUGUAGAACUAGGUCAAUUGGAACUCUUAGGAAAGAGUUACCGAAGUAUUGUAGAACUAGGCCAAUUGAUACUCUUAGGAAAGAAUUACCAAAGUGGUGUAAAACUAGGCCAUUUAUAUUCUUAUGAAGAGGUUAUCAAAGUGGUGUAGAACUAAGCCAACUGAUAUUCUUACAAAGGAGACACCAAAGUGGCGUAGAACUAGGACAAUUGAUAUUCUUAUGAAGGAGUUACCAAAGUGGUGUAGAACUGGGCCAAUUGAUAUUCUUGUGAAGGAGUUACCAUAGUGGGCUAGAACUAGGCCAAUUGAUAUUCUUAUGAACGAGUUACCAAAGUGGUGUAAAACUAGGCCAAUUGAUAUUCUUAUGAAGGAGUUACCAAAGUGAUGUAACACUAGGCCAAUUGAUAUUCUUAUGAAGGAGUUACCAAAGUGAUGUAACACUAGGCCAAUUGAUAUUCUUACGAAGGAGUUCCCAAAGUGGUCUAGAACUAGGCCAAUUGAUAUUCUUAUGAAGGAGUUACCAAAGUGGUGUAGAAAUAGGCCAAUUGAUAUUUUUAUGAAAGACUUACCAAAGUGGUGUUGAACCACUGAAGUGCGUAGAAGAAUGACUAGUCUUAGCUUUUUAGGAUGAACAUUAUAUUGUACCAUUAUAUCCUCUGAGGUACUUCACUUGAAUAUCAGUUCUAUCGCAUUAUAGUCCAUGAAAUAUUAGAUGUAUGGCGGUAAUACAGCAAACUUGAAACCAGUUAGUGUAAAUCUUAGGAACUGUAACCACUUCUUUUAUGGCGUUCAUUGAUCUUGGAUCUAGAAAACUAAAAUUUAUGAAUUUCUUAUACUUAUAAAAACUGAUUAUCUUUUGCUUUACUCUCUGACUAGAGGACUAAUCGGAAUGACUUUCAUGACUAUAUAAAAGUUAAAAAAUUAUAAAGUCGUUACUCGAAAGACCAUUGAAGUUUCAAAAAUUUACAAAAAAGUGUUUAUCAUGGUGUUUCGUUAAAAUAAACCUUCAGUGAUGGUCAUGGUGUGUUUUAAGACAGUUUUAUUGACUCAUGUUAAUGGCACGGUUUAGUCAUUCGAGUUAAAACUUCACUAUGUUUUAAAGUAUUACCAAAUGAGAUAAGUGUUGUUAUUUGUAAUUUGUAUUUGGCUAUGAAAUAUGUUAUUUGUACUAUUCCCCUGCCCCUUCAAAAAACAUUUUUAUUGUAAGAAAAAUGAAAUGCAGUUGCUUAUUUUGUGUCUUCCUAGAUUGUAUUGCAAGUUUCUACUUAUUUUGAAUCGUGAGAGUUUAAUGUUAUGAGCUUAGUUUAAACUGUAGUAAACUUCAGAAAGGCAUAAUCGUUGUAAGACAGAGCUAAAUCAUGUUAAAUCCAACUGAAUUUCAGCUUUUAUUACAACAUGUUUCGUCAGUGUUUUUUUUUCUUGUAGGUUAUGAUAUUUGUGUUUGCCAUAUCUUAUAAUUUUAAUUACAAUUACAGUGCGUGUACUCACUCAUCAUAUAUAUACGUAUAUAUUUAUAGCAUGUUAGAAUUACAAACUUCAAAAAUAAGUAUUACAUAAAAGAUGAGUGUAGUAACUUGUAUUUUCAUGCUCUUUAAAUAUUUGUCCUGACAAUAUGAUAAACCGUUUGACCUUCCAAUUAUCGUGCUUAUUCGGUUGUGACGAAUAUUUUCUGUAUUUAAAUACAAGUGUGGUUAAAGCACUUGAGAUUAGUAAUGUCAGAGCAUUGCACAGAAAAUAGUUCAUGGUAUUAAGAAAUCACAUAGGAUCAAAAUUAGAUAAAUGACAAAACAAAAACUUGAUCUUCUUUUAAAGUAAACCUUCCUUGUUCGGGGGUGAACUGGAUUAUUAAUGAAGAUAUUCUAUAAAGCGUAGUUAACUCAUGUCUAUUUAUUAUGCUGUAAUUUACUUUAUGGUGUUCGACAUUUCAAAUUAUAUUUGUUUAUUUUUGUCAUCAUUUUGUAUAACACCAUUAUAUACAUGUCACUUGAUAACUAGAAGCAAGCGUGUUUUAUUUCACUUUUCUAUCAAAUAAAUUUCUAGAACUUAUGGCAGGUAUAUGAAGACAAAGCAUGAAAGGCCACAAUGCUCGUAUGACAGAAAAGUUUGUUAUAAUUAGAAUUAAUAUAUUUUGGAAUUAUUAUAAUUUAAACCUUCUUCAGCCGUAAUUCAGCAUGAUUGUACUCUAAUAUCGACGCCCACCUGACAACUUAAAUAAGUUGGUGUUAUCACAAUGAGCUUCGCAUGUUUUCCAAGAAUAAGAUAUUUCGUAGUUCUUGUUUUAUAUUCUAUUGUCACUAGAAACUUCACAUUGUUGUUCAGAGAAUCGACGUGUUUUAUAAUGUGUCUCUUCUGUGUAUAUUGGAUAUUCAUAUGUCGGUGGAGGAUGAUGUAAUUUGUACGGGUUUAGUUGUUGAAGGAUAGUAACUGUUUGAAACUAUAACUAAUUCCUAAUUAUGGACAAAUAUAUCUAAUAAUGAUAUAGUGAAUACUAGUACUACUUUAUAGUUGUCAGUGAGCACUUAUCUGUUGAAUAAAAUAAAAAUAUCAAAUAAGAGUUGAGACCCAUGUUAAGAGAUAUUUCAACAUUUAAAAUCUUUAGGACUUUUCUCCAAUUUAAAACUAUUUUAUUUCUUUAUUGUUCGUCGAAGGUUCUAGUAACUCAACCAAAAUGUCGCGGAAAUAAUACAAAAUAUAAACGCGGAGGAAUAUCUUAAACUUUAUUUAAUGGAGAACUAUUGACCUUAGCUGGUAGUGUAUAUAGAAUACUCAGUGUUGUAGUAUACUAACUUUGAGUAAACAUAUCCAGUAUUUUGAUGGUGUAUCAUUCUAACAGCAGAAUAACUUUCGGGUUCGAAGAUGUUAUGGACAAAGCCAACGUAACAACUGUUUUGUUUCCUCAUAUUUUAACUCAAGUUUGUAAUACUUAUUGAAAGUUUUAGUUUGCGUUUCUACUGACGUUAUGCAAUUGUUGAUGUUAGUUGGUUAUCACAUGGGGCCUCGAUCUCGUUUUACGUUGUAUUUAAUUGCAAUUGAUAUUUUGUGUUUGAAAACUUUUUUUUUGUGAUUGGAAACGCUGCCCUACUUCAGAAUGCGAAAAAGCAUCACACUUCAAUAUUUACGUAUUGUAUUGAUGAUAAAUUCACUAAUGUAACUGAUUUUUGUCACCUAGUGACGAUCGAUGUAAUUGUUUACAGGUGUUAAUAAAGUAUGUAGCUUACUCUGUA